CUCAUCAAAAUAAAGCUACAAACGGAAAAUUAGCUUGAUAGUAGUCACUUGCAAAAAUGGGCGAUGUAUCCUGAACUAUAAAUUAUCAACCAUGGAAAAGAUAUACUUAUACGAUAUAUUUUAAUUAAAUUUUGUAAGUGAUAAAUGGAAGUAUUUUAUGUACCCACACACAUUUUAUAAACCUUAAGAUUUAACUGACAACAAUUUAUAGAUAUCUUUCUAAUUUUUACGAAGGUUACUUAAAUGAAAGUGAUUGUUUAUUUAAAUAAGUCGUAUAAAAUCAUGAAUGUAUUAUAAAAUCAAGAUACUGAUGGGAAAGAGCGAGCAGUGAAACAGUUAGAAGAUGAUCAAAAUUUAAACAACAGAUGUUAAAUCAGAACAAUCAGGUGAACUGAAUGACGAAAUAGCUCAAAUUGGAGACACGAAUGUUAUAAAUAAAAAAGGUCCUCGGCAACACCAGAGAGACAACUUGAAAAUGAGUCAAGUUGAAGUGAAUCGAAUAGAAAGAGCAAAACAAGUUGACUUUAGAGAAAAGCACCAAUCUAAUGUUCGAAAUGUUUUGAUGUAUUCGAACGGCACGAUGUUUAGAAGCUUUGAUGAUAAAGGAUACAAAUGCGGUUUCUGCCCGGACCAAUACACCACACCAGCUGAUUUGAAAGAACACUCCUUAAAUUCACAUACAGGAAAUUGUCUUGUAGAUAUGAAAGUGCUGCGCCCUUACACUGUUAAAUUAGAUAUCACAGAUCUUAAAUGCACUAUUUGUAAUUCAAAUACACCGACGCUGCAAGACCUGCUAGAUCAUUUACAAAAUAGUCACGAUAAAGUUAUAUACGAGGAUAUUGAAAACCACUUGGUGUCCUAUAAAUUUGAUGACGAUAAGUUAAGAUGUGUGUUUUGCAAGGAGGAGUUUCGUAGAUUCCCAACGUUGCAGUUUCAUAUGAAUAAGCAUUAUCGGAAUUAUGAAUGUGAUGUGUGCCACGCUGGUUUCAUGAACAACAAUAAUUUAAGAGUGCACAAAAGAAAACAUAAAAGACAAAACUUACGUAAUAAGAUUGGUAAAAGUAAAGACAUGGAGAAUGAAGAUCAUUGUGCUGAAAUUAAAGAAAUAGAAGAUCGAAAUGAAACCUUAACGGAAAAUAAACUCCAUAUAUGUAGCAAAUGCGAUGUGUAUUUCGAAAAUGAAGAGUUGCUCCAAAAUCAUGCGCUAAACGAACACUUGCUUAAAAGGGAAUAUAACUGCAAAUAUUGUGAUAUGACAUUUUUAACAGCAGAUGAACUAAAACAUCAUCAGCAAAGUCAUAGAGAAUGUCUUAGUUUGUUUAAAGAUGAUAAAACUUUACAUGAUCAUUUGAUGAUCGAUGCCAAUGGCAUUGGUUUUAAAUGCACAGAAUGUGAUUUGUCAUUUGUACAUGAAAAAGAGAUGAGAGAACAUAUACAAGGGAAGCAUGGUACCCCGGAAACUGACAAAAAAGUCGAUACCAAAAAGAAAAUAAAUAAUAAAGUUAAAUCUGGUGAUGUUGCCGGUGAGAAAAUGGGGCGGUCUGCAUUACAAAUUAAAUUUCGUGAAAAUGUACUUGAAGUAUUGUAUAAUUCUAAUGCAUCGACUAUCAGAAAUUGUGUUGACUACAGAUACACAUGUUGUUUUUGCUCUGACUGUUACGAACGUCCGGAGGAUUUGAAAAAUCACAACUUAGAGUGUCACGAUAAGUCCACCUUAAAGAAUGCAAUGAGGGCAAAACACAUGAACACAACUCUGAAACUGGAUAUAACUGGUCUACGAUGUACCCUCUGUGAUACUGAGAUGGACAUGUUAGAUGAUUUAUUGAACCACCUUAAAGAUAUACACAACAGACAAAUUCACACCGAUAUUGAUAAUUACAUGGUUCCUCUUAAGUUCGAAGACGACGUCUUACGUUGCACAUUUUGUCGAGAGGAAUUUGUCCAAUUCAGACUACUAAUGACACACAUAAAAGUACACUAUAGAAAUUUUGUAUGCGAAGUGUGUGACCAUGGGUUUAUAAGUAAGAAUAUUUAUCGAUCUCACCGCAGGAGCCAUGACAUUGGCAAUUACAAAUGCGACUACUGUGAAAGAGUUUUGGAUACUAGAACCAAAAAAUUGAAGCACGAGAGGGUGACACAUAGACGAUUGAAGAAUGUGAAUAAGUGCCAGUAUUGCCAUCAAACGUUCAACGAAUAUAAUAAGAAGCAAAAGCAUUUAGCGGAAGUCCACGGGGUGAAACUGCCCGGCUUGCAGUGCAAGGCUUGCGAUCGCACGUUCCCAAAUCGGAACAGAUACACGAUUCAUGUAAAGAGGGAUCAUCUAAUGGAACGGAGACACGGUUGUACAGUGUGCGACAUGAAAUUUUUCACGUCCUACGAAUUGAAGCAUCACAUGAUCAGCCAUUCUGGUGUGAAGAAGUAUCAAUGUGAUAUUUGUAUGAAGUCAUAUGGCAGGAAAAAAACACUGCGUGAACAUUUACGUAUCCAUGCGGAUGAUAGGAAGUAUGUUUGUGGGCAGUGUGGACAAGCCUUUAUACAGAAGUGUAGUUGGGCUGGUCAUGUGCGAGCUAAACAUUCGGAGCUAGUAUGAAGAAGAUUGGAGUCGAAAUAAAAUUGUUAAUUUAAGCGUUAGCGUUGAUUAUCACCGAAAUAUCCUCAAACGGUUCCACUUUUUGUUUCUGUAUUAUUUAUGUGAAUAAAUUUUUAACCAUGGAAAAGAUAUACGAGUUAUAUAUUUUGAUUAAAUUUCGUAAGUGAUAAAGCGUAAA